AUGCCUAGCAGCAGCAAAAUGAAUCUGGAUGAUUUCUAUUUUAUCCGUACUCUGGGGACAGGGAGUUUCGGUAGAGUGAAGUAUGCCAAGUAUAAGGGUGAUGGACAACAUUACGCUGUCAAGUUCAUGAAGAAGCACGAGAUACUAAAGCUGAAACAAGUUGAUCACAUCAACGCUGAGCGUAACCUCCUUAAUCAACUUAAUCAUCCUUUUAUAGUCAAUAUGCGGGGAUCAUUCAAGGACACUAGAUUCGUUUAUAUCGUGAUGGAAGUCGUCAAUGGAG